ACGAAAGUGAAUACAAGCAUUCUUUCUUUCAUCUAUCGAGCUUAAGAGUUAUCAAGGUUUGAUAAUAUAAGAACGCGGCUUUGCAUUUCCAAUUUUGAAUACUGUGAUAAGCAAGAGUGCUUACCUUUUAACACCACCUAUCUAAAUAUUCACAAAUCGUCCUUGAGGUGAAAAAUGGGAAUAAUAACAAGCAGGAAAGGCAGAGUUAUAAUCGCAUUGAUUGUUCUAGGGUAUCUAUUUCUUGUGUUUACCAGAUCCUUUUCUCUCUCCCGAUCUUCUUUAACCAAAACCGAAUUUCAAUCAAACCAAUUACAACUUGAAAGUGAACUCGAAAAAGUUUCCAAUUGGAAAACUACAGGAUUUAAGUUUAACCCAAACCAUAAAGCUUCUUUAGAACCGUUGUCUACGGUGCGACAACAAUUAUCAUACCAAUUUCCAUAUGAACCAAAGAAAUCAUUCCCUAAGAACAUUUGGCAGACUUGGAAGGUUAAAGUUGGAGAUGCCUCAUUCCCUUCUAAUUAUAACAAAUUUCAACAAACAUGGGAAAAUGUGAAUGACGGAUAUAAGCACUACGUUUUACCUGAUGAACAAUGUCAUGAACUUAUCAAUCAUCUCUAUGAGACCGUCCCAGAUGUUGCUAAAGCUUAUAAUAUCAUGCCUCAUAACAUUUUGAAAGCAGAUUUCUUUAGAUAUUUAAUUUUAUUUGCUAGAGGUGGGGUGUAUUCCGAUAUUGAUACUGUUUCACUUAAGCCAAUUGAUACUUGGCUAUCUGCAAAUGAAACUUUAUACGAUAAGCCAAAUAAUGCUGGUCUUGUUAUUGGGAUUGAAGCUGAUCCUGAUAGACCUGAUUGGGCCGACUGGUAUGCUAAACGAAUCCAAUUUUGUCAAUGGACUAUUCAAGCUAAGAAAGGUCAUCCAAUGUUAAGAGAAUUAAUUGCAAAGAUUACAGAGUUGACCUUAGAAAGGGAAUCGAAAGGCCAAUUACGUAAGGUCUUGGGUAAAGACGAAGGCGGUGAUAUAAUGAACUGGACUGGUCCAGGUAUUUUCACCGACUAUGUCUUCCUUUACAUGAAUAUGAUUUUGCAACCAGCUGAAAAUUAUGAAAACAAAAAGUUCGACGAGAUAAUCUCCUGGAAAACUUUCACCGGUAUGACAAUGCCAAUUGGCAUUGACGAUGUCUUGGUCUUGCCAAUAACGUCGUUUAGUCCUAACGUUGGGCAUAUGGGCUCCAAGUCUUCCAAUGAUCCUAUGGCUUAUGUCGAUCACCGUUUUCUGGGAUCCUGGAAAAACGACGUUACAGAUCCCGACAACAGAGAAAUAUAAUACCUUUUUUAUGUACUUUUGUAAUAUAAUUCAAUCUACCGUGU